CAUUUCCAGCUGUUCCUCGGUGCACGCAGCGAGAGCGGGGCAAGUUCUCCACCAAUUGUUUCAGUCCUGAGAGGAGCUUGGCGGUCGGACCCCUCCCUCCUUCUAUCUCUCUCCCCUCUGUCUCCCUUCCUUUCUCUCUCUCUCUCUCCUCCCCUUGUUGUGACAGAGCACACCUGCUUGAUCUUGGCUACACGCGCUCUCGAGUCCAAUUACCACAUAGGCCCUCGCAGCCACUUCGCAGUCUCAUCCCCCCCACUCGGCUGGAUUUUUGGGAGUCAAGCUCAUCUCGCCUACUUCUACUCUCUUUGACUUGCUUCUACUGAGAACAGGCUCCCUGCUAGCGGCACCAUGAGGUCAGCCUGUCUCUCUCUGCUCCUGGUCACGGCCUGCUGGGCUUUGCCUUUCCGCCAGUCCGGCUUUCUAGACUUCAUGAUGGACGAGGCAGGAUCGGGUGAUGAGAUGACUCCAGAAAUAACCUUUCCUUCAAUGCCUGAAGGACCUAAAUGCCCCUUCAGAUGCCAGUGCCACCUGCGUGUGGUCCAGUGCUCUGACCUCGGUCUGAAGAGUGUUCCCGGGGACAUCCCAGAUGACACGACCCUGCUGGACCUCCAGAACAACAAGAUCACAGAGAUCAAGGAGAACGACUUCAAGAACCUGAAAGGCCUUCACGCUCUGAUCCUGGUGAACAACAAAAUCACAACCAUCCAUGCCAAGGCCCUCAGCCCUCUGACCAAGCUGCAGCGCCUCUACCUGUCCAAGAACACGCUGAAGGACAUGCCCGCCAACAUGCCUAAGAGCCUGCAGGAGCUGCGCAUCCACGAGAACGAGAUCACCAAGAUCAAGAAGGCCUCCUUCCAGGGCAUGUCCCACGUCAUUGUCAUGGAGCUCGGGUCCAACCCUUUGAAGAGUGCAGGAAUUGAGGCCAAUGCUUUUGCUGACCUGAAGAGGGUCUCUUACAUCCGCAUUGCAGACACAGACAUCACAGAGAUCCCCAAAGGUCUGCCCAGCUCUCUCUCUGAGCUCCACCUGGAUGGAAACAAGAUCACCAAAUUGACUGGUAGCAGCCUUCAGGGCCUGAAGAACCUGGCCAAGCUAGGACUGAGCUACAAUGAGAUCAGCUCUGUGGAAAAUGCCACGCUGACUAACGUCCCCCACCUGCGAGAGCUUCACCUUGACAACAACGCUCUCACUAGUGUCCCUCCUGGCCUGUCUGAGCACAAAUACAUCCAGGUGGUCUACCUCCAUGCCAACAAGAUCUCUGCUGUGGGAACAGGGGACUUCUGUCCUCCCAACCUCAACAGCAAGAAGGCCAUGUACUCCGGCAUCAGCCUGUUCAGCAACCCCGUGCCUUACUGGGAAAUCCAGCCAGUCACCUUCCGCUGUGUCUUCGACCGCUCCGCCAUCCAGCUCGGCAACUACAGGAAGAAGUAGAAGAAGAAGAAGAGUCCCACGCGCCUCAGCGAGGAUAUGUGUGAUUGUAAAUGAGCGUGUGAGAGUUUUGUAAGAGUGCGUGUUUGACCGCAGCCCCAAAACACUGGCCCCUACCAACAAUGCAUAAAACAUACAAUAAAACAUAUUUUUAAGGUUUGUGGACCUCAAACACAUAUUCAUUACUUAGCUUUAAUGUCGGUGCAACAGUAUUAGCAAACACCAGCAUACUAUGGUGAUGCUCUCACACAUGGCACAUCAUUUAAAAGCAAUAACAUUGCUAAUAUGCUCUCACAUAUCUGAUCUUUAAUAUGCAUAAAUAUGCAUUUAAUUCAAUAAAACCUUUAGAAGGGAGUCUGUAAAAAUGAUUGAGCUCCCUCAGUUCCAAUUUGAAAUGUGAAAAAUCCAGUUUGACCAACUUCCCAUUGUAUGAAUCUUACGAGAGCUGGCCUGUAGAGCAGGCAGCAAAGGGGUUAACUUGUGUUUUACAAAUACCUUUAACAACUGGUAUACUAGAAUGUACUAGAUCUUACCUGUGUACUAGGAUUAGCAUUCAGAGAAUAACAUGACCACGCUGCACUCCCUUAGAAAACUGGGAGUUUCUAUUUGUAUUGUACUCAAUCCAAGUAGAGAUAAAAGCAACCGUGACUUCUAUCACAUUGUGAUUUCCUGUGCUUGUUUUUCCAGUGUUCAUUCAGUUCUGGGUGUUUGUUCUUCAUCACAUCCCAUCUCUUGUUCUUCUCCCAGUGUAUGUUGUUCCGUUAAAAAAAAAACAAGGUGAAAAUAGCUUCUCAAAUGUAGAAUAAACCUUAUGUUUUAAACAUAAGCCAUUCCCAAAGAUUUGUAUGCAUGCUUUUAUUUUGUUUGCUUUCGACUUUAACCUGGUGCUUUCUGGAAUCUCUUGUAUGUAUUUCUUUCUCUGUUUUUCUGGCCUUUAUUGCGUUUUUAAAGAGUCGUGAUGAAUUGGAGGGUGUAUGUGGACUGGCAUGCCCACUGCAACCAUGUUGGUGUGAAUGUUGUAUGUAUAGACGCUGUAUAUAAAUGCUGUAUAAAAAAAAGAAACUCUCAUUGCUUAAAGGCACAAGCACUUACCAUAGCUCAAACUUAAUAUAUCAGCAACAAAGGUGUUCCUCUUUUUUUCCGGAGCAGGGGCUCCAGCUACGGUGUCCUAAACAAAAUAAAAAUACUAAUGGAAAAA